AUGUCUACUCGUUUCGUUUUCGGUGUCGCUGUCUUUUUAGGGUUGUGCGCUGUAGUUCUGGGCUACCAAGGCAACGCGACCUUGUACAAUCCGGCGAUGGGAGCCUGCGGAAAGUUUAACACGGACGACGACAUGGUGGUGGCCGUCAGCCAUGUGCAAUACGGAAAACACAGCGAUUCCCUCAAGGCACCCGUCUGCGACAGGUGCGCCCUCGUCAAAGCGGUGGACUCCGGUAAGCAAGUCAAGGUCAAGGUGGUCGAUCGCUGUGCGAGAUGUCCUAACGGCUCCAUCGAUCUGUCUCCUGCUGCUUUCGAGAAACUGGCGUCCAUGGACCUCGGUGACAUCCAGGUCGCAUGGAGGUACGUCAGCUGCUAG